GCGAAUAAUGUUGCCGUCCUUCCAGAAAAACUUGCUCCUCGACCCGCUUCUCCCGGGAGAGGUGUGAGCCGGCCAUCGAAACGGCUGAUUUCAGCUCAGAUAAUUCCGAGAAAUGAGGAGGUUGUGGCCGGUGAUGCUGAUCCUCGCAAGGAUCCUCGAGCCGCUCCUCGGGUGCCAGCUGCGUAACGACACCGACCACGCCGUCCCUUGUCAAAGAAGAUCGCGGGAGUUGGUGCUGUCCAGGCGGAGGCGUCUCGCUUUUCCACAGGGCAGUACGUUCGUGAUGACAGGGUCCAUCUUGCAACCGAUUCCCGUACAAUUGCCUAGUAAUUGGAACCUGGUGUUCGAGUUCGACGUGAUCUGGCCCAUACCGACCACGGAGGAUUACCAAAAGAAGAAGUAUAAGAAGAAGUACAAGAAGAGGCCGUGGAUGGUGAAACGACGCCAUCGGCGAGAGUUGUAUGCCACUUUUGAGAUGGCGUUGAACAGCCAAAACUUGCCGGGAAGAGAGUGUACGCUGAGAACGAUCUGCGAGGCGAGAACUUUGCUGGGUCCGCCUGGCGAUUCCUUCGUGGAGGAUGCCCUUCGAUUGAUAUUAAGCAACGUCGACGACGUGAGACGAGUCGACUCCUACGAUGUUGCUUACAGAACCGAGACGCCAUGCGACCUUGCUUACCCCUGCCCUGUUUCUCUCUUAAAGCUGCUGCUAUCUCAUUUGUACCAUUCUAACGAUCUAGGUUAAGAAUAAAG